CACUCGGACGACCUUUGGUACGAGACACAGAAUGGCUUUCUGGUUGAGUAAAGCUCAACGCUGAAGCAGGAGAAAUAAUCAGGGGAGCUACUCAACACCACAGAAACCUGACCUGGGAACACAAAAUGAAAAUCUGGAGUGUGUCAUGGCUUAGAUAAGCUUAAGCCCCAUAUAUCUUUGUCACGUCAAAGGUAAAAGCAUGUUUUCCUUCAUCACGUCGUUUCUCCCGACUUCCUACUUCCUACCAGGGUGGCUGACUUUAGACACAAACCCACUGGAUGGCCUGCUUCAAGGAAUAGUGGGGACAUGUGGGAUCUCUGUGCUGUGCUCCCUGCUGAGAGUGCACUUACUGUUAGAGGACAGCUGGAGCGAAACACGUGAUGCUGUCACACCAAGAGAGGCGUCCACCAGUCAUCCACCGAGGAGUAAACCCGGACUUGCAGGGAUGCUCUGGUUCCUCUUGGUGACGGGGUUAUUGGCUGUAGUGGGGUCCCGCGUGGCAGCGCUUGUGGUACUGGAGUUUUGCCUUCGAGCUGUGUCUGGAUUGAUUACAGCUGGACCGGACUCCAAGAAACAUCUGCAGCGGCUGUUAGUGCAGAGCCAGUUCUCUCUGGGCUGCGCCCUGAGCAGCAGUCUGCACUUUCUCCACGAGGGGGCCCCGCAGCGCUGGCUAUGUCUGCUCCUGGCAGCCUCACUCAGCUGGUACCUGGCAAGACAGGCCAGCAGCCUUAUGCACCAUGUCAUCACUCUGUACAAACUCCACAGCUCGCAGCGCUACUGCGGCAUUUGUAUCAGCCUCCUUACAUCAGGCAGCUACCUGCUGCCCAUGCUGUGCAGGACUUUGACCAUCACCUUCCUCGUGGCCGCUCUGGCUGCCGUCUCAAUCAUUAACCAGCAUUUUCUCUCUGCAACGGAAGCCCUUAGGUUUUGGACACCGCUGACUAUCUGCUAUACGCUGCUGGUCAUAUACAUGCAGGAGGAGCAACAUCGUCUGCCGAGCAGUCAGGUUGUCCUCAACGCAGUGGUGGUGCGUCUCGGUGGUUUGAUGGUCCUGAUGCUGACUGUGGGUCGCUGGGCCGACGUGCUCCACAUACUGAUGUGUUUCCUGGGUGAGGCCAGCUGUCUAAUCCCUGCCAAGGAUUUGCUGGAUGCAGCAUCCUCACAGGAUGAAGAGGAUUUUACACACUACGCCAAGAGAGAACGUCGACAAAGACUACAAACACAUGAGAGGAAUCAUCCAAAAUAACAUGGAAAUCAUAUUAAUGAAGCAUCAGAUUACUGCUUUUUGUAUCUACAAUGUUUUUUUUU